AUGGACGCGAUCCCAAUUUCUUGCACACUGAGUCAAAUCGAGGUUCAGUCAGCAACAAUCAAGGUCGAAAAGUCGCAACAUGUCUUUUCUGCUACGGCAGCUCCCGAACUUAUUCAGACAAGUUUGGAUCCAAGACUAGAAACGAAUGUGAAUGCUUUGACUAUUGGAGAAGAGCUGACCUUGAGCGCUGAAACCGACUCGUUGACUCUUUUCAAGUAUUCUUUCUUCUAUGAUCCUUUGCUAUCCUUCUUCAGCUUCGCAUUGAAACGAUGUGUUGCGCAAAAUGACGAUGGCUCACAAGAAAUUGAAAUUCUUAACGAUUUUUGCCCGGCGAAUAUGUCGGAAGGCGCCAAUUAUUACAACAAGUCCGAGUAUGGCUCUGACUUCCCAGCUCUUCGACGCCACGUCAACAUCAUGGGUCGAUACGCUGUGUCCCAGGACCCCCGAUUCUUGAACACCAACAGAUGGAGAUCGUGCUGGGUCCACUACGCCGACUUCUACCGAUGCACCCACGUCCGAGAGCAGCUCGGCAAGGACACCGAAGUCUGCGGCUAUUUCCGAAAUAACUUCCUCCAGAUCUGUCCUGAAGGCAUGAUCAAGAAGUUCGACGAGCAGCGAGCCGCCAAGAUCUUCCCUUCUCCCGUCUACAGCCGAGACAUCGAAGACUCUUACGAGUGGGAGCCCAAGCACGAAGCCUGGAAGGUCCAAGCCGAGGCCGCCAAGGAGCGAGAGACCAAGUACCGAGAGUUCUUCCAGUCCCAGAAGUAA